GCCCCCGCGAGCCAACUUCCGCUUCCGGUUGUAUAGGGUUUGGGGUUCGGAAAGUGGUCUUGGCCAUCUGUAGUCAUGGGGAAGUCCGACUUCCUGACCCCCAAGGCCAUCGCCAACAGGAUCAAGUCCAAGGGGCUUCAGAAGCUCCGCUGGUACUGCCAGAUGUGUCAGAAACAGUGCCGGGACGAGAAUGGCUUUAAAUGUCAUUGUAUGUCCGAAUCGCAUCAGAGACAACUACUGCUGGCUUCAGAAAAUCCUCAACAGUUCAUGGAUUAUUUUUCUGAGGAAUUCCGAAAUGACUUUCUAGAACUUCUCAGGAGACGCUUUGGCACUAAGCGAGUACACAACAAUAUUGUUUAUAAUGAAUACAUCAGCCACCGAGAGCACAUCCACAUGAACGCCACUCAGUGGGAGACCCUAACAGACUUCACUAAGUGGCUGGGCAGAGAAGGCUUGUGCAAAGUAGAUGAGACUCCAAAAGGCUGGUACAUCCAGUACAUAGACAGAGACCCAGAAACAAUCCGCCGACAGCUGGAACUAGAGAAAAAGAAGAAGCAGGAUCUUGAUGAUGAAGAAAAAACGGCCAAGUUUAUUGAAGAGCAAGUGAGAAGAGGCCUAGAAGGGAAAGAACAGGAGGUUCCUGUUUUUACUGAAUUAAGUAGAGAAAAUGAUGAAGAGAAAGUUACAUUCAAUUUGAAUAAAGGAGCCUGUAGUUCAGCCACAACAUCUUCCAAAUCCAGUUCUUUGGGGCCAAGUGCAUUGACAACAAUAGCAACUGCAGCAUCCGUGAAACGGAAAGACUCUUCCCAGAGCUCAACUCAGUCAAAAGAAAAGAAAAAGAAGAAAUCUGCACUUGAUGAGAUCAUGGAGAUCGAAGAGGAGAAGAAAAGAACUGCCCGGACAGACUACUGGCUGCAGCCUGAAAUUAUUGUGAAAAUUAUAACCAAAAAGCUUGGAGAUAAAUACCAUAAGAAAAAGGCAGUUGUUAAGGAAGUCAUUGACAAAUACACAGCUGUCGUAAAGAUGAUUGACUCUGGAGACAAGCUGAAACUUGACCAGACUCAUUUAGAAACAGUAAUUCCAGCACCAGGGAAGAGAAUUCUGGUUUUAAAUGGAGGCUACAAAGGGAAUGAAGGCACCCUAGAAUCCAUCAACGAGAAGACAUUCUCAGCUACAAUAGUCAUUGAGACCGGCCCUCUGAAAGGACGCAGAGUUGAAGGAAUUCAGUAUGAAGACAUUUCUAAACUUGCCUGAGUUUGAAAUUCUGUUACCUAGAUAUUAAAAUCCUGAAGCAUCAAAUUGGUGUUUGCCAAGGCAUUAUGAGACUCUACUGUGUUAGGGUAUUUCUUUUGUAUAAAAGAAGUGGGUUUAUUUAAAUAUUACUGUACAGUUAAUUAGCUAAACUUACAGAAAAUCCAAUUAUGGCUCAAAAGGUUUUCAAGACAAUGUAAUUUUGUUCUUUUAUUCGUGUUUCCUUGAUAACUUUUUAUCUUCAUUAAAAGAUUGUAUUGUAAAGUG